AUGCCUAUCUGUCAGCGAAAACGUUUUGUACGUCUUGGCGCGAAAAAACCAUGUGACCGUUUUCAAACUUCCUAUGAACGUUCAUAUUAUUAUCAAUAUCAAAUUCCGUGGUCGUUACAAAAACAACAACAAUAUGAUUUACGAUUAAAAACUGAUUUAAAUGCUAAAUCAAAAAAUGCAGUGGCACCUUUCGAGCAUUAUGUGUCAUCUUACAAUAAAGAUUACAAAUUGAAAUUUAUCGAAGACCGAUCUGAAACUUAUCGAAAAUCGUCAGUAGCGGCGAGACCAACGUUGAAGAAUUUAUGUGAGAAAUUUAUCAAAGAUCCAGUACGACCAUUAAUCCAUUCAACGACCAGCGGGUCGACUUACGUAAGAAGAAAAAUUCCAUUCGAGUCAUUGUCAUUAUCUCAGACCAGUCCUGCGGAUGAUGCAACUUGUCCAAUAGUAAACACAGGCAAACAUGAAUUUCCUACAAUUCCUACGAACGAACUUAGCUUUUAUAAACAUUUAGAUCCAUUGGUAAGCACCACUCAUAUGACACAUAUCAAUUUUAUAUCAAAUGAAAAAAGAAGUAAUGUUGUUGAGAAAAAUAUUGAAAAACGUUCUAAAUGUCAUCAUUUCCUUCCAAAAACUAUUCCUACGAAAGGUCCUUUACACUUUCCACGUUGCACUAAUAAUCCUCCUUUGAUUUAUCGGAAAAGAUUAAACGUAAUACCUUAUAAAGCAUAUACGACCACGUACAACGCGCAUUAUGAUUAUGUAUUAACGAAUUUAAAACCUUGGCACACGGUCACAAAAUUUCCAACUGUUUUCAAAUUGUCCCGGAAUGAUGUUUAUAAGACUCCUUCGAUGUAUCGUACCGAGCAAUGUCACGUGGGCACUGGCUGGCCAAUUAGAGCAGCCAUAAAUCUCGGACCAAUUAAAUUGAUUCCACGAUAGACCGCGCAUGCGUAGAAUUUCACUAAUGAUUUUAAUUAUCACGAUACAUGCUCUUAGAAAGAUGGAAACUUUUAUAUAUAUAUAUAUAUAUAUUUUCUUUUUUACAAUAUUGAUAAAACAAAAUAAAUUUUUGUUUUAAAUAUUGCUGUUCGCCUUUCUUCAAAUUAUUUUCUUUUUAUACGAAAUUUUUAUACGAAUCUAAAAUGUAUGGAAUUGUUAAUAAAAAUUACACUAAUCUGACAUUGUCUUCGAAUAUUAAUAUCGAGUUUUCGAAUUGUUGCAAAUUAACCUUUCAUAUUUUUAAAUUGAUAUAUUAAAAGGCAAAAGAUAUUUUUACACAUGAAUACAGAUUAAUGAAAAGAAAAAAAAAAAAAAAAAAAAAUAAACCAGAGAGAAAGAAAUAAAUAAA